GUUAAUGAGUGACAGGAAGGGGCGGGCUCAGGGUGACAGGAGCCACACCGGUGUUCAUUGCACUUCUAUUCACUGGACAGGGCCGACUGAUCGGGGACUGGAGUUACUAGUGAAACCCAAGAGGCUGGAAACAUGGCAGAAGAGGGGUCAACUAUAGACAUUGAUGGUAGCAUCAUGGAGGGAGGAGGACAGAUCCUGCGUAUCUGCACUUCUCUGAGCUGCCUUCUUGGAUUACGCGUGCGUGUAAUGAAGAUCCGGGCAGGAAGAAGCACUCCAGGACUCAGGCCACAGCACUUAUCUGGACUAGAGACUGUUCGGGAUUUGUGUUGUGGGCAGUUGGAAAACGCUCAUAUUGGAUCAACAGAGAUCAACUUUGCACCUGGAAGGAUAAAAGGAGGAGCACUGACUGCUGAUACAAAGACAGCUGGAAGUGUGUGCUUGCUGCUUCAAGUCUCACUCCCCUGCGUCCUUUUUGCCGAGUCCCCCUGUGAACUCAUCUUCAAAGGAGGUACAAAUGCUGAGAUGGCACCACAGAUUGACUAUACUACAAUGGUGUUUAAGCCUGUUGCAGAGCAGUUUGGGUUUAAGCUGGAUUGUGACAUUAGGAAAAGGGGUUACUACCCACGUGGAGGAGGGGAAAUACUAGUCAGAGUAUCUCCUAUAAAAUAUUUGAAGCCCAUCAACCUAACAGACAAAGGCACCAUCACAAAGAUCUAUGGACGGGCCUAUGUGGCUGGAGUUCUUCCCUACAAGAUGGUGAAGGACAUGAUUUCAGCAGCAGUGCGCUGCAUACGACGGGAGUUGAGGGACCUGUAUGUGAACAUUCAAGGUGUCCAAGAGCCUGCAGACAAAGCAGUGGGGAACGGUAGUGGCAUUAUAAUCGUUGCAGAGACUUCCACAGGUUGUAUAUUUGCAGGAUCAUCACUAGGGAAGAAGGGAGUAACUGCAGACCGUGUUGGAGCUGAAGCUGCAGAAAUCCUUCUCCGUAACCUGCGUCAUGGAGGCUGUGUUGAUGAGUAUCUUCAGGACCAGUUGAUUAUUUUCAUGGCUCUGGCAGAUGGAGUCUCUCAGAUUAGGACAGGUCCUCUUACCCUGCAUACGCAAACAGCCAUACACUUCACAGAGCAAUUAACAAAGGCUAAGUUUACAGUGACAAAAUGUGAUGAACCCAACACGGAUAGCAACAUCAUAGAAUGUCAAGGAACCGGCUUGCAGAACAAGAAUGCUUCAUAAAAUCGUUACAGCAAAGGAAAGGAUUCUAAAAGAAGUCUCCGCAGAUUGCAGCAUGGCAUGCAAUAAAGAAAGCAUGACACAUGGGGGCAAUGCAUAGGACUUGGCAUUUUACAGCUUUCCAUUUUUGUUUUCAGUCUGAGAGGUAAUCAGAAAUUUUGUGCGCAUGAAGUUGAGUUUGAAAUGAAUAUUUUAUGACUUGUGACAGUCAAUUGCCAAUGCCAUAAAUAAAUGGAGGUACACAAAUGAUGGCAGGUUGUCAUUUUAUGGGCUUCUUGGCUUACUUGCUGUGACUUGCAUAUCAGAUUUGUAUUUGCCGUCUUUAAAGGAUCAGCCGAAGUGUAAUAAAAUAGCGCAAUCAACCCAA